UUUUUUUUUUUCUUUGAAAGAAGGGGAAACAGUGUUAACUGUGUUCAAAAAAAUAAUAAGUAAAUAAAAACAGAGUAGCCGACGCGCCAUUAUGAAUUGGUUUGAGUCUAACCAAAAGUCAAUAUUUCUACAAUCUGCCACUCAUUUUAUUGACGAAUACUUCAUUUCUCCACCCUAAUAAUCACAACCAGAAAUGAAAUCCAGGCUUUCCUUAUCAUCAUCUCCUUUUAUUUUUCUUUCAUUUUCUUGGCUGCUGCUAGUUAUCAUCAAGUUUCCUCCAUGUUGGAGCUUGGAUUUGGUCAGAAGCUGCGUUACCGGUUCAAUUGUGGGAAUAUCACAGGCAUUGACUACCCUUUUUGGGGAGAUGGUAGGCCAGAUGGUUGUGGGUAUCCUCAUCUAUAUCUCCACUGCAACAAAAGCCAACCUACCAUUGAUAUAAUGGGUGUGAAAUACAGGGUGUUAGACAUAGACCAAAACACGCAGAUUCUCCAUAUCACAAGAGAUGAUUUCUCUAAUGAUUUGUUAUGUUCACCAACAUACCCUAAUACCACCUUCGAUUCGGACCAAUUUGAAUAUGCUCCAGAUUUUGGGGGAGUUACACUUUACUAUGAUUGUCCUCCUGCUGUUCAAGGCAUGGCCGGGUAUUUCAAUUGCACCCAUCAGUCAACUCAUAAGAAUGGAAUUAUAGGAAAUGAACCCCAAACUAUGGGAUGCAAUUCAAGCCUCAGAGUUGGGAUGCGGCGGAGUUAUUUUGGUGUUAUUUGGGAUUUGCCGAAAUUGGCAGAGGCACAGAAAGAAGGAUUUGGAUUGAAAUAUAAGGUUGAUACUUGGUUAUGUAGCAACUGCACCAAAUCUGGAGGAGCUUGCGGUUAUGACAUGGAUUCCAAGCAACCAACUUGCUACUGUGCAGAUGGAUCUUCUGGGCAAAGGCCAUGUCCUCUAAGAAAAGCAGAAUCCUCUUCAAACCGUAAUUUGGCCAUAGGAAUUUCAGCGGCUCUGGUUGGACUUUUGUUUAGUUUUGCUAUAAUGCUAUAUAUCUUCAAGAGAAAAUGUUCAUCAAUUAAAGCAAUGUUCUUUGGGAAGGAAGACAAUAGAGAGGAUUUUGAUGUGGAGGCAUUUAUAAGGAAUUAUACUUCAUUUGCUCCAAAGCGGUAUUCUUAUUCACAUGUCAAGAAAAUGACAAACUCAUUUACAAACGAGAUUGGGAAAGGAGGAUUUGGUUGUGUAUACAAAGGAACACUACCUGAUGAUCGCCUUGUUGCAGUGAAAGUCCUUAAAGAGUCCAAAAGCAAUGGAGAAGAUUUUAUUAAUGAAGUUGCUAGUAUGGGUAGAACUUCUCAUGUUAAUAUUGUCACUCUUGUUGGAUUCUGUUAUGAGAGGAAUAAGAGAGCCUUAAUUUAUGAUUUCAUGCCCAAUGCACUUGACAAAUUCAUAUCUAAUCCAGAACAUGAGAAUGCAACCGAUUGCCUAGAUUGGAAUAGAUUGUACGAAAUUGCUCUUGGCAUUGCGCGAGGACUGGAAUACUUGCAUUGUGGUUGUAAUACAAGGAUUUUGCAUUUUGACAUAAAGCCUCAAAACAUUCUUUUGGAUAAAGACUUUUGUCCAAAAAUAUCAGACUUUGGCCUGGCCAAACUAUGGUUGAAUAAGGAGAGUAUUGUGUCUAUGAUGGGUGCCAGAGGAACUGCAGGAUAUAUAGCACCCGAAGUAUUCAGUAGGAAUUUUGGUGGAGUGUCUCAUAAAUCCGAUGUUUAUAGUUAUGGAAUGUUGGUUCUCGAAAUGGUAGGAGGAGGGAAGAAUAUUGAUCCUAGAGUGUCUCAUACUAGUGAAACAAACUUUUCUUAUUGGAUUUAUGAAGAUGUGGAAUUGGGUACAGAUUUAGGACUCUUGGGAGUCACAACAGAGGAAGAAAAAGAAAUAGCAAUGAAGAUGCUAUUAGUAAGCUUUUGGUGCAUUCAAACAAAUUCAUCAGAUAGACCACCAAUGAGUAAGGUUGUAGAUAUGCUGGAAGGAGACCUUCAACAUGUCCAGAUUCCACCAAAGCCGUUCUUGUUUUCUCCAGCAAGGUCCCCUCAACAAUCCACAGAAUCAUCAUUAUAAUUUAUUAUUUAUUUUCUUUUCCUAUGUGUUGCCCAUUUUCUUUCUUUUGUAAUAGAUUUAUCAUGCUUUGGAUUCAGCGUUUAUGUUUGGUCUCUUUCAGUUCCAUAUCACGGGGAUGGCAAAUGAAUUUGAUUGUUGAUCCCGGUUGAUGUAGUUUUGGGUGCUAUAUUUUGUAUAAACUGAACAUCUAAAAUUUUUUGUACAGACCCUU